GUUCAAUUCAUCAUCUCUCUCUCUCUCUCUCUCUCUCUCUCUCUCUCUCAAACACACACACACACACACACACACACACAAAUGGCGAAUUUGUCUUCCUCGCGAGUCAGGGUUGUGUUAAGGGUGCGCCCUUUCCUUACCUCAGAGAUCGAUUCGGAGGAGACAAAGCAAAUCCCCUGCAUCACGGUUCUAGAUCCCCAAUCCAGUGGGGAAGUCACAGUUCACCUCAAGGAUCAAUGGACUAGCCGAAACGAGUGUUACAAGUUGGAUUCUUUCUUCGGGCAAGAGGAUCGUGUUGCUCAGAUCUUUGAUAAAGAGGCUAGCGCCGUUAUACCGGGGAUUUUUCAAGGAUUAAAUGCUACGGUGUUUGCUUAUGGGGCUACGGGUAGUGGGAAAACCUACACGAUGCAGGGCACGGAGAAUGAACCUGGACUUAUUCCAUUAACAAUGUCGACCAUUUUUAACUUGAGGGAGACCACGCAAUAUUCGGUGGAUAUUGCGUACUAUGAAGUUUAUAUGGAUCGUUGUUACGAUCUACUGGAGCCCAAGGCAAAGGAGGUCAUAGCUAUGGAUGAUAAAGAGGGAAGGGUUCAACUUAAAGGACUAUCUUGGGCCUCCGUGAACUCGAUGGAUGAGUUCACUGAAGUCUAUUCAGCUGGCGUACAGAGGAGGAAGGUGGCGCACACAGGCCUUAACGAUGUCUCGAGUAGAAGCCAUGCCGUGCUUUCUGUCGCUGUCACAAGUGGGAAUGUCAAAGGGAAACUGAACCUCAUAGACUUGGCAGGUAAUGAGGAUAAUAGGAAAACUGGCAAUGACGGAAUCCGUCUUCAAGAGAGCGCCAAGAUUAACCAAUCUUUGUUUGCUUUAUCCAAUGUCAUAUAUGCUCUGAACAACAACGAGCUGCGGAUUCCUUACCGCGAAAGCAAACUGACUCGGAUAUUACAGGAUUCUCUAGGAGGAACAAGUCAAGCUCUGAUGAUCGCUUGUCUGAAUCCCGUAUCCUACCAGGAAGCAGUCCACACAGUCAGCCUAGCUGCAAGAUCUCGCCAUAUUGUGAACUAUGUGGGUUCUGCUAGAAAACCAGAGACUCCCAAAUUGAAAGUUGAUAUGGAGGCGAAGCUUCGAGCCUGGUUAGAAUCUAAGGGGAAGACCAAGAGUAUUCAGAGGAUGAAUGGGUUAUUUUCCCCUUCUCAGGGCAAAACUCCAAAGUCGAUAAAUUAUCCUAAGCAACAUUGCUCUGUUCGGUCUUCUUCUAAAGCAACGGCCAACGAUCAGGAAGUUUCUAGGACUAAGAAAAAAAUACUAUUUGACACAGGGAUUUCCUCCGCAACCACUGGUGUGUCACAUAUGCACCAGGAAAAUACAAACCCAAGUGAAUUACCUGCUGAAAAUAUACAUAUGUCGGGCAAAAAAGAAACUACCCUUUGCAAAGAAGAUACUAUAAAUGAACAGCAUGAUAUCGAGCAUGAGAAUUCACUGUUAUCAUUCUCCCAUAGUUCUGAAGUUGAAAUGAGGGAGACAAACGCUUACACCACUAGUUUUGGAACACCGUGUAACAAGGAAAACUUGAAAUUCCCUUCGUCUGAUUCUGUGGGAUCAAUGGGUGCUCAAAUCAGAGGAUUGCAGAACUCUGAUAGAAAGGUUCUUUUCCCAAUUUCCACCGAAGCAGAUAAUGGUUCUUCUCUUAUUUGCUUAGAGCCAAAAACCCCCAGGGCAACAUGCGGUGUAGAUGAAAUACAAAUCGGUGCCACACCGCUUGACAAAUUUAAUGCACAAAGUUCUCACUUGAAGGAGUCUCUUGUUCAGGAGUAUCUUGCAUUCCUGAACGUUGCUAGCAGGUAA